AUGUCAAACUUAAAAAUGCGUUACGUGGCCGCGUAUUUGUUAGCUGUUUUGGGCGGCAAGGCGUCCCCAGCUGCCGCCGACAUCGAAAAGAUCCUCAGCUCAGUUGGUAUUGAGGCUGACUCUGAAAAAUUAAAGAAGGUUAUCUCGCAGCUGGAAGGCAAAACAGUCGAUGAACUAAUUGCCGAAGGUCGUGAGAAGCUUUCCUCAAUGCCAGCUGGUGGCGCAGCGCCGGCCGCUGCUGCCUCUGCAGCUCCUGCUGCUGCUGCUGAAGAAAAGAAAGAAGAGAAAGAGGCCAAGAAGGAAGAAUCUGAAUCUGAAGAUGAGGACAUGGGUUUCGGUCUCUUUGACUAA